UUUUUUGGCCCCGCCCUACCCGGAAACACAAAGAAAACCGAAACUCUUGAGACAGAAAAGCUAUACGUGGCCAUUUUAUUGGAUUUCCACUCUUGCAAAAACGUAAGACAAGUGAGAAGAGGGAAGAAGGGGAAAUCCAUUUAGUCCUGAUUGGAUGAGUGUCGCAGGAUGGAGGUGGGCAGUUUUCUGGAGGAUUGCCUCAGGGCAGCAGCAGCUCGUCAGUCCCCUGAUGUGUCUGCAGAACUGAAACUGAACUACUGUUGUUGCAGAGACUCGCUGUGUGCAGAACUGGCCUCUCUGCUGCAGGAAGCUGUGGACAUGAAGUGGCCAUUUGUGCCGGAGAAGUGGCAGUACAAGAAAUCAGUCAGUCCCAACGACAAGACUAACCUCAGUGACCUCAUCAACAAGCACCUGCACCAACUACUGGUUCUUCUGGAGGCGUCCAUCAGAGCUCAGGAAACACAGUCCGCACUGGCAGUGGUCUUCUUAGUGGAUCGCUUCGUCUACUGGACCGAUGAAUCCAGCCGGCUGCUGAAGAUCGCCAAGCUGCUCCACCGACGGCACCCUGCCACUCCCAUAGCCCCUCAGCUGGUCAUCCGGCAGGCCCGGGUCUAUCUAAACUCAGGCAAGCUUCAGAAGGCCGAAUACAUCCUGAGCAGCUUAAUUAACAAUAGUGGAACAACAGGUUGUUGGAGCUACCAGUCUGACAGUGACAGGGCUCUAGUGCAGGCUGUUAGUGUUCAAGUACGUGGAACGAUUUUGCAAAAGUUGGGCCUGUGGCUUCAGGCAGCAGAACUGAUUUGGGCUUCUCUGGUUGGCUUUUAUGCACUUCCUCAACCUGAUAAAAAGGGAAUUGGAACCUCACUGGGAUUACUUGCCAACAUAUUAGUGUCCAUGAACGAUGAAGACUUCCGUGUUUUUAGAACUAAUCCAGAUAUUGACUUUCAGUCUUUACUUGGGAAUGAAAGAGAUCGUCUUCUUUCUGCCGCCCAUGCAGCUAAGAUGUCUGUGAUGUACAGUCAGUACACUCCACUGUAUGUGCUGACCAACGUGACAACUCAGGGAACCUGCCUGCUUUCGUACAGUUUUUCAUUAGAGUGCCCUCCUCCCCAAAGGGUGUCCUUCCUCCAACAGGCUAGAGAGGCCUUUGCAAUCGGCCUUCUCACCAAAACAGACAGUGAUGUGGUCACCAGUCAGCAGGAACUUCUCACCUUCCUCAAGGCGGCCUAUUCUAUCACGGUCACUCACAAAUGGCUCAGCACCCCUCAGGAGGUCGUUACUAAGGCAGCUCAAGCUUGUCAACAAGCCUUAGCUAACUUCUAUGGUUACUCCCGUGCCAAUACUCAGGACAAAGAAAACCUCUGUGCUGAAAUCAUGCGUUUGAUUGGACGAGUCAAGGUUCUGCUGGGUGUGAACCCAUUUCCUAAUUCAGAUAAGGGAUCUUUCAUUCCAGACAGCUACAGAAAUGUCAAAGACUCCACUGUAAACUUCACCCUGGAGGCGUUCUCAAAGAUAAUGAAGAGAUUUCAAAAGUAUCAUGCGUCUUUAUGUGAGACUACCACCAGACGUUGUAAGAGGACUAAAGAUGAGACCGAUGGGGCGAAGCUGUGUUUGACGGCUCUGGGGACAACCGCCGAAACGCUCCUUGUAGAAUAUAGAGCUGAAGUAGAUCAACCUCAACAAAAAGGCUCAGACCCAUCCAGUGGACAUCUGCCCUCUGACUUUGACAAGUGUUCCACCACUGAAAGCUCAGACCAGCUGGGCUCUUCAUGGCAGAGACUGUCUCUGAGUUCUUCUUGGCCCUCUGGACAUGGAGAAAACUUGAGUAGCCAGAGCUGCAUUACCACUGAGUGUGACGACGUCAAAUCAGCCGAUAAAAAAGAGAAAGAAAGCCCACAUAACUCGGGCUCUGGUAUCACUUCUCUCGCUGGUCCAAGGACUGUAGCAUCCUCCAGUUUCUCUUCUAAAGAUCCUAAUGAUUUAGAAAAGUCUGAAUUAAAACAAGCUGAAAUAGAGACAAUGGAUACUGAGGAGGACUGGAUGGCUGAUGUUGCACAGAAACAAGAAGAUGGAGUUUUGCAUUCACUUUCCCAACUGACUCUCAAAACAUCCUCCAGUUCUCUCGGUGACAGUUUCAGUUCCCAGUCAUCAUGGGAAAAGAUCUCAGCCGGUGAGAACUCUCCCACACGUGGAAAAACACAGCCAGGUCAUCAGUUAAAACCUGGAAUGGGCCAAAUCAACAAGUCUCUAGAUUCAAACGAGAGCUUCUUUAUCUUGGAAACAGUUGAUUAUGAACCCAGCCCCCCAGAUGUCGAUGCCACAAAGAAUCAUCAGUGGAAAGUUAGUGCCUCAUCUGAACCACAACCUUUGAUGAGCUGCAAUAUUUACUCAAACAUGGAGACUGAAGUUGAUCCCGAACCUGUAAAACCUGCAACCAUCAACUCUUCAGUAGCACAUUACAACUUGUCUCAGCUUGUCCCGGACCAGAAUGCAGUUACAGAAACCUCUGACAAUUCAUUUGAGAUGCUGGAGAUGGAUCAAAAUAGUCACCACCUUAAUGAACUGACAUCUAUAGAAAUUAUACCUCAGAGCAGGAACCCUCUGUGCUUCAGCUGCCUAAACCACAAAACAGCAGCUGCCGUCACUCCUGUCAAACAGUUUGAGUUGUCCAAGCAGGAUUACCAAACUCUACUGGCCGGAGUUUGUCAUGAAUGCCUUCUGACAAAGUUGUACAGCGACACAACUCAGUUUAAACUCAACAGAAACAAUGCUGCCUACAAUGCCCUUCAUUUAAAGUUCUCCAAGGGCACAGGUCUCUGGAGAGCCAAGGAGACAUGUGUUUACAUCGGGGAGCCAAUGGGGAUGAAGGGCAAUGAGAGAGAAGCAAUAUUGGUCCAGUUUUUGCACCAGGAGGAGAGGUUAAGCAGUUAUGUGGGGAAAGAUUACUUGAAGCCAAAGGGAGUUCAGUUCCACCUGAAAGAUGUGGAGAGACAGAUGACAGCCCAGUACUAUGUGACGGAAUUUAACAAGAGUCUCUACGAUAAAGAAGUCAUGGCUCAGAUCUUUUUCAUUCCCUCAGAAGCACUUCUGAUUUUAAACGAUGAUGAGAUAGUGGGUUGCCUGACAGUGGAGCCGUACAUGCUCGGAGACUUCGUCAAACUGACCAACAAUACCCACAAAAAGAAUAAGACUUACCAGGCUACAGAAUAUGGUCUUGCCUUUGGACACUUCACCUACUUGUUCUCUAAGGGUCAGGAAGUUGUUGUAGACUUGCAAGGAUGGGUGACAGCCAAUGGGAAAGGUCUGACCUACCUCACUGACCCACAAAUCCACUCCACCAGGACCCCCAAAGGUCCAGGUAACUUCGCUGACAGAGGGCUCAGAUUGUUCUUGGAGGAGCAACACGGACCAGAGUGCAAUGAGAUUUGCCAGCUGCUCAAACUACCUCCGGUCGCCAGACAACCAUGUUCUUCUUCAGACAUGUUGAAAAAACAUAAAUAGUGAGAAUAUGUGUCCAGCUAAGAUGAUAAAAUCACUGUGAUUAAACUUUACUGAUACGUUCAGUUUUGGGGAAAUAAGGGGCAAAAAAUACGGUAUUUGUAUGACGUUAGUGCAAGUUUCUGACUUGGCAGGUUCACAUGAUUGAGUAUGUGACAGUAUUCUGCCUUUUUUAUUGUUUGUUAUUCUGAAUGUAUUAGAUACACUAUUACAGGAACCUUAAGGGUCAUUUUAAUCCUCAGAUGCGGGUCAAGAUGACCUGUGUCAAAGUUUAAAAAUAGUCAUGAAUGUAAAAAUAGUUAUAAGUAUUUUUCAGUAUGAAACUUUUUCUGUUUGUUUUAACAAAUAUAAUCAACAUACAAACUGAAAAUGGUUCAUUUAACAUAUUUUCAACC